AUGUCGUUCAAAGCAACCCUCGAAGAAACCGCCGCUGGUUGGAUCUUAGAUCUAGAAAGUCGCUCGCUAGAUACUGUUGUGUCCCGGUGGACUGAUGACAUUCACUACAGUCUUCAUCCAGAUACCGAGGGGGUCUUUCCAAUGACCAAGGAACAGUUUCGAACAUACGAACGGGCGGCGGCCUUCUUUGGGCUUUUGAAAUCGUUCAAAAUUACCAUCAACGAGAUGUACACGGAUAUAGAGAAAAGGACGGUGACGAUGCUUUGCAGUAGCAAGGGCGAAUUGGAGGCUGGUCCAUAUGGUACUGAUUAUGUCUUCGUGCUCACCAUGACGGAGGAUGGAAAAAUGAUUGAAAAGCUAUCGGAGUGGCCUGAUUUCCACAAAGUCCAGGCCAUUCUCAGCAAGACCGUCUAG